CCUGUCAUGUUACUGGCACUGAGUGUCUUGCUGCUUAUAUUCCCUCCGACUCUCUCUGCUCCAACCAGAGAUCUCUGCACCACAGGCAAAAACAAACUACUGCUGACCAUCUUUGAUGGGUUCAGGUGGGACUAUGACCGAGAUGUGGACACCCCAAACCUGGACAAAAUGGCUGAGGAAGGAGUAAAGGCAGCAUAUGUCACUCCACCUUACCUGACCAUCACUAGUCCUACAAACUUCACCCUGUUAUCUGGAAGGUACAUUGAGAACCAUGGUGUGAUUCAUAACGUGUGGUUCAACACAACCACACAACAAAGGAAAGAGUACUACAUGACGCAGUUUGUGGAUGAAUACUGGGAUAAUGGCAGUCUACCUAUUUGGAUUACUGCUCAAAGACAGGGUCUUAAAACAGGAUCUUUACACUUCCCUGGCACUGCGGCCACUUACCAGAAAGAAACAAUUCAGGUGAGGGAGGUAGAGCCAAAAGCCUAUGACUACACCAAUGAGACACAAUGGAGGGAAAAUGUGUAUAAAGUCAUGAAGGAAUGGUUUAAAGAUCAAGACUUAGACUUUGUCACCUUGUAUUUUGGCGACCCAGAUGAAGCUGGCCACAAGCAUGGACCCGAUUCUUCUGAGCGCCGUGAGGCAGUAAAAAAAGUUGACCGAACUGUGGGCUACAUACGGGAAACUGCUGAGAAACACGGACUUAGUGACCAUCUGAAUAUUAUAGUCACAGCAGACCAUGGCAUGACCACUGUGUUUAAAGGUGGGCAAGUAAAAGAAAUAGUUCUCACUGACAUUCCAGGGUUCUCUUACAAAGAUCUGCUGUUCCACCUGUUGGACUAUGGACCUUCUGCGAUGCUCUUGCCCAAAGAAGGGUUCCUUGACAAGGUUUAUCAAGCCUUGAAAGGAGGGCAUCCAAACCUUCACGUUUAUAAAAAAGAAGACAUGCCUGCCCGACUGCAUUACUCCAAACAUCCACGCAUCCUCGUUCUCUUCGCAGACCCUGGCUAUGUCAUCAAUGGGUUUUACCCAAUUCAGACCAACAAAGGUGAGCACGGCUAUGACAAUGAGGUCAUGGACAUGAAGCCUUUCUUCAGGGCAGUGGGACCAGAUUUCCACAGUAAUUUGUUGGUUGGACCAUUUGAGACCGUCAAUGUUUACCCUCUAAUGUGCCACUUACUGGGGAUAAAGCCAGAAAUCAAUGACGGGUCACUUGAUAACACCCGACACAUGCUGAUAUCCAACGGAGAGCCAUGUGAUUCUGGAGACGUUGCAGAGUCAAGUCUUCAGAAUGUGUUCAUUGGUCUUGCUGCCGUUGCUGGACUUUUAUUGCUUGUGUCUGUGGUUGUUACAUCCUACAACAUGUAUAAAAGACGCAAAAUUAAUCCAAAAGUGAAAGACACAGGAGACGAGGAUGAGAUAAAAGCCGACUCCAAGCAAACAUCAUUCUAAAAGGGACAAUCAAUUUUUUCUUAAAAGAUCAAAGACAAAUCAUUUGAACUACAAAAUUUCUAUUACUUUUAAGAAAG